GAUAUCUGAUGACUGUAGUUGAGAAUCCCCGACCCUUUCACGAAUGGAUCUCCGACUGAGUUAUCCUCCGUUUGAGACCAAUAUAUGCCCCUACAGACCCGAGUGACACUCCUUCUAUCCAGCAUAUAAAUUCUCCUGCUCACCCUACUCUAUCCGAUCAUCUUACCUGCGAUCCAGCAUCUAUACUCUCCCAUCUGGCCAACGCUCAAAUCCCUCCAGUCAUCGCUUCUAAUCAACCCCUCCACAACCACAACCGCAACCAUGGCGUGGCGCUGCUCAGGCCGCAACAAUGCCGAAUUGAUCUCUAACCUCUUCAACGUCGGCCUCAUAACAUCUCCCCGCGUCCGCGACGCCAUGAUCUCCGUCGACCGCGCACACUACUGCCCAUCCUCACCCCUCGCCGCAUACGAAGACUCCCCACAGCCCAUCGGCUUCUCCGCCACGAUAUCCGCACCACACAUGCACGCCGCUGCCUGCGAGUCCCUGUUGCCCUACAUGCCCGAGAACAAGGGCGCCAAGGUCCUCGACAUCGGCUCUGGGUCAGGCUAUUUGACGCACGUAUUGGCCAACCUAGUCUGCGGCGGUGACGGAACGGGGUCCGGGCACGUCGUGGGGAUCGACCAUAUCCAGGGCCUCGUGGACAUGUCGCGAGAAAACAUGCGCAGAAGCGAAGAGGGAAGACGGCUCCUGGACACGGGCAAAGUCGAAUUGAUUGUGGGCGACGGAAGGAAGGGGUAUGCGCCCGGCGGACCGUACGAUGCGAUCCACGUCGGCGCCGCGGCAAGUGAGAUGCAUCAGACACUCAUAGACCAGUUGAACAGCCCUGGAAGGAUGUUCAUCCCCGUCGAGGACAGCGACGGCUGGGGAAGUCAGUGGAUUUGGGUGGUGGACAAGGACAAGGACGGAAAGGUUACGAAGAAGAAAGAUAUGGGCGUGAGGUAUGUGCCAUUGACGGAUGCGCCCAAGUGACAAUCAUAGGGACUGGGAAAAGGGUUUUGGGAGUGGUUGUUCAAGCGACUUUGAUCAGCGCGCAGUGGGCGUACAGUUCGAUGUUGGGCGGAAUACACCACCAGCAAUGUAAGUCUUGAUGAGAGUCAGGAACACAUAUGUGUACGAUUAACACGACCACGACGGGCUAUGAGGACCGAAAAUAGGUGCCGUGCUAAGGCAGGAAACCUCGAAUGCUAUAAAGUAGCUGGCAUUGUUUUACGGAAAGGGCACGAAACGUACUUAACAUAAUCAUAUGAAAUUCUCAACAA